CAUCGCAAGAGAAGAGGCAACACGUCCUUUCUUCUCGCACGGACGCGCCGAUCAUCGCACGUAGUCACAUCAUCAUCAUCAUCAUCAUCAUCACAUCGCCACUUGGAAGCGGCAUCCUCCCCUGCGCAGCAUCUUGAGUGUGUCUUCUCCACGGCUACGCGUUGUCGUGCAACUACGGAACCAAGUGGACCCGGAGGUGGUGCGCCUGGAAGCUGAUUGAGCUUGGCCCAUAGUUCGGCAUCCCCGUGACAGAAUGAAGCUGUACUGGAGUUUGGCUUUCGUGGCCAUCGCCUUGUCGAUGAUUUUGAUGACCGCGCGAGCGGAAGCUGAUCUGUGGGAGGAGGAUGACAAGGAGGUUCUUGUACGGACAGUGCGCGGCACUAAAGAGCGAACAUCCGGCAGCUCCUCGUCGUGCAGAUACGUAAAGGGUCAAUGGUCGGAAUGCGACUCGAAUACUAAUACGCGGUCGCGCACUCUGAACCUGAAGAAGGGCGACAAGUCCUGCGAGCAGACCAAGAUUAUUCAGAAGAAGUGCAAGAAAGCAUGCCGAUACGAGAAGGGCACGUGGAACGUAUGCGUGAACCAGAUGAUGACGAGAACCGAUAAUCUGAAAGCUAACAGCGACCCAUCCUGCGAAAAGACGCGACGACUUACCAAGAGGUGUAAACCGGAGACCAACACCAAAAAAUCUACCAAAGGUGAACGGUCGAACAAGAAAUCGGGCAAGCAGUAAUCAUCCGCCAACUUCUAAUAAUCUCCUCUAAUUGGGCAACGAAAGCGCACUCUCAUCUCUCUUCGACCCUUCUUUACUCUUCUCCUUUCUUUCCUCGAUACUUUGAUAUCAAUUGAUACUGUUCUCCGAUAAUUAUCAAUUGAUUGCGUGGCAGAGCACAAAUUUGGACGGAUCGACGAUCGCCAAUCGAAACGCGUUUAUUACAUACAAUUUACUGCCUAGGAAUCAUGCAUUUCGGAUGCAGUGACGCGUGAUGUGCUGCUGUAACCGCUUUCAGGGGUGCGCCCUGCCGUUGAUUAAUUAUACAGGUUAAUUGCUGUUAAUAAUUCGGGAAUGUGGUGCGCACGUCUCGGUAAUCACAUCUGUUCUCGGCGAUAUCUCGGAGAAAUAUUGAUUCACCAAUCCGUGGUCCAGAGUCGCGUUUGUGUGUUGUCGUUUCUACUUUUUUCGAUGACAAGACGCGUUUGUUUAUUACAAAAAAAUUAUAUUUACACUCGAGUAAAAACUCUUAUAUUUAACCCAUUGACACAAUUUGCGACGAGUUCUCUCGUAUAUAGAGUUAUUGAUCGCGUAAAGGUUUUUCUAAAAAUGGACACAUUGGACGCAAGAUCUUGGACGAUUAAGCCGCGCAAUCAGCCGAAGAAUCGAUUGGGAACCGACACGUAUAAUAUACAUGUUUGAGAUGACGAAAACGUGAAAUUGAGUACCGGCUUUUGCUCGUCGACACUCAAUCAAUGAUGCACUUUUAUGCAAUUGAAUCACCGCGAAUUCAUCAAUUCAAGAAUUUCUUGGAUUCAUGACGCAAUUAUUUUCCCAUAUAUAGCUCUCGAAUUCAGAGAAAUCUAUAGGAUUUAUAAAGGAACAAAGUUUUAUUGGUUUCUCCUGGUAUGUAUAUUCUUGCAAAAUCUGCAUUAUUGAUUGUCAACGAGGGUAGGACUAUAUAGAGACUCCUCGAUUAGAAGCAGCCGCCAUUUUGGAGGUUCGCAGAAGAUAUAAGAUCGUCUGCCAAAGCUGUUCUUUCGUCUUCCCGCAAUGAUUAUUAAUUAAUAUUAAUAUUAUUAUUGUUUAUCAUACAGCAGAAAACAGCAGUAACCCUCUUCCUCCCUCCCUCCCUCCCAACCUCCCUCCUUGACUUAGCUGCUGAGAUACACUUAAAAAUCAUGUACAAUAUAUUUGUCAUACUAAACAGCUUUCAUUCGAUUGUCACAUAAAUAUACAAUGUUCGGUGUUCAAAGUAAUUGUGUCUUGUGUCAUAAAUAACACGCGCGAGAUAUUCCGGAGAUAUUUACGCCGUCGCGAAGGUUCGCAAAUUGAAAUAAAAAAUGAGGGAUGAGCGAGAAAUGUCAAAAUGGCAGAAUCAAAGAAAAUUGUAAAAUCAAAAUAGAACCCCCUCCCCCCCAAAAAAGAUCAAAGAAUCGCAUCGUCAAAAUGACAUUCGUCGAGACGUAAAAAAAAAAAA